GCCCAGAGAAGUUUGUUAAAUGGGGUAAAAAUGAGUGAGGUCAGGUAGUAUUUAACAUGGCUUCUUCGUGUAUUCCUUAAAGCUGUAUCUCGGCAUGGAAAUGUGUUUAUAAGUAGUGAAGUUAAAUCCUAGAUAAAUCGAUCUCAGGAGACUAAAUUACACCAAAAACUAUACAUCAUUAGUAUAUAUAGUUUUUGAGCUAUCCCGGAAGUACGUGCUUCGCUGUCUGAUGCAUACAAAACAUAUGCAUUGAGUUCAACGUUAUCUUAAUAUUAUCUUAAAAACUUAUCUCAGUACUCUUUGGCAGAAGAAAGGUUGUUUAUCGCGAAAAACCUUCAUCGCAUUGAUUCAGCUUACUAAGCUACACAAAAAUUCGCAUAAAUUUAAGUUUUGUCUUAAACUACACAGGCUCGAUUUGCUGUUCCCCUGCAGUAGUCGCCGUAAGCUGCUAUAAUAUUUUACACCGAUCGAAUAACCACGUUUCAUUCGAUUCUGAGUUAUUGGAUAAUGGAAAAGAAAUUUUCUACACUACACAAUAAUCUGGGAGACAACUAUGAAGGAACAGCGUGUUCUCAUAACUCACUCGUUGCGUUAGAAACAGGGCACUAUACGCGAUAUUUUUAAUAGAAGAGAACAAUGAUAAGGGUUUAGUUUGCGAGAGAUAUGGGCUGUUUUUCAUAUAUAUACCGAGACAUAGGAGAAACGAAAAAAUAGUAUCGUCGUAAUGUUUCCCAUCUCAAAUUCUGUACCAAAAUAGAAGGAAAAAAAGCCAGAUGCAAGUGUAUACAAGCUUACCUAACUAAAACUGAAACAAUCUUCAACCAAUAAAGAUAAAACAAUAAUGUCAUUCUCAUUGUUUGACGAAGUUAGUAAGUUAGGAUGUUACUGUUGCAAUUCAUUCUAUAUUACAAUAAUUCCAAGACCGGUUUUGCAUGUUACCGUUUGUCAUGGUGGAAUAAAAAACGUUUAUGGAAUAAAACUCGCAUUUAGAAAAUUAUAAAUGAUAGCUGGCGUUUCGUGUUAAACCUUAAAUGUAGAGGUAGUGGGUUUUUCUAUUUCAUACCAUUUGAUGACUAUCUAAAAGCGUCUAUUAAUAUUUUUGGUAUAUAGAUUCACAUCAAUUAAUGGCAAAUGUGGAUAACUCUUUGCGGCACGAAACGGUCCAAAUGAUUCACUCAAUUUCCUUCGUAUUUGAGAAUUGAUUUGAAGUUUAUUUAUAAACUUAAUUAUUAAUAAUAACUACAUUUCCUAAUUAAUACUGAUCACAUUUCCUCACAACUAUUAAAGGCGCUUUGAUAUUGCCGCGAGAGGUCAGUGGGUUAUAUGCUCCUUAAUCUUCAGGAGAUGUGAUGCUCUAGAUUCGAAUUUGGCAUGGACACAUGUUUCGUAUUAGGGACCAGCAAUGUGACGGAACACCUAAUGGUGAUAUCGAACGUAGAAUUCGAAACAUGUAUAUUCGAUAAACUAUAAUUGGCUUAAAUUUAAUUGAUCACAAUAACGUGCACAGCUUCAUUCAUAUUGUGUAUAUACAAUUAAAAUAUGUGGGCCCUUACAUGUGUGUAGAAAGCAGUACUGGUCAUUAAGUGGGACUAAGCUAAUAAGAACUUUUAGCUAAUAACACUUCAAUAAAUAUUUCUUGCCGUUAACCCUAGUGGAAGAAAUAGCGGUAACUCAUCGAUCGUUGACCCCAAUUUUCAUGAUCCGUAAGUUCUGGUUACGUAAAUGACGUCUACUAUUUGCCGAUCCCAAGCGGUGAACGAACGAGGAGUACGGCAACUUACUUUAAGAUUAUAUCAUUCACUAUUACUAGUGAUGCAACGGAUGCAAGUUAUAAAUUGUGAUAACUUGUUUUUUUUUUCUGUUCUAUGCAUAUUUCUCGGUAUUAUGUGCGCGAUCUACGCGCUUAGAGAUAGUGCUAAAAGGAAUACAUUUAACAGAAAAAUAUGCUUGACACUCAUGACUCAAAUCGCACACUAUAAUCGGCUCCAAAGUUUCACCGCGAAAAUUCGAACAUUAAAUUAAUCAUGUGUGGAAAAAAUCUGCUGAAAAUCUAGGCCAAUCAUUCAUUACAAUUAAAUAAAGUUUUUUUUUAUGUCACACAAUGUAUGCAUAUAUGCAUUAUAUCACAUAACACGGCCUUUUCCGAAGUUAAAUUUUGACCCCUCUAGCUGGAAAGCAAGUGUAAAACCUUAACGAAGCGUAUAUUUAUUAAUCGUGUCCAUUAUCCCAGAAGUGACGAUGGUUUAUCUACGGUUACGACUGCAGCUGCAAUGUAAUUCUCUAGCUCACUGAAAGUAACAGAUAAUAAACACCGUAUCUUUUUUAAUAGAACAAUCAUCAAGGCAUUAUGGUGUGACCAGGAAUAUUUUAUUCUAUCAACCAUACGUUCAUACUAAAUAUCAACCUCCUCAAGCUUAAAUCAUAAGACCGAAAAACACGGGAAAACCUCCGACGGAAUACAUCGUAUAUUUUCUGGCCUAGUGAUGUUGUAUUAUGGCAGUGUCACCUUGUCGCGGUGCCUCAAUAGGCGGGCACUUGUCCAGUAUCUUUCAACGAUCUAUUGGCGUGAUAUCUUUACGAUAGAAGCACUGCUGUAAUCAUGAGAGAUUGUGAUGCUUCCUUGAUCUUCUAACAUGGAGUCAGUAGACGACAGUAAUGUGGUCCCUUAUACUCAAGCAUCCGAGGCUGAACUACAGUUAUAUUCACUUCAUGAAAGCUAUUGGGAACUGACACUCAAACAUGCACGCGCUCUAAACCUUAUUGAUGAGCUUCGUGGUUACCAUAUUUACGGAGAACCCAUUCCACAGAGUCUGCAAAAUAAAAUUGGUCCUCCGGAAGAGUUGUGGCCCAAAAGCCAGCCUGUCGAACUCAACGAAAAGUUUAAACAAUUGCUUUGUAAAGAAGCCACUACAAAACAAUCAAAGCUUAGUAUACGUUCUUUGGGAAGUAGUCUCGAUGAUUUGCAUUUAGCGUCGAGCAGCCACCAAACCAGCCCUACAAUUGCAUUCCCGGAUGCCCCUCUACGUGGACUGAAUUCUGCCGGCCGCCGACUCACACAGACUCGAGAUGCACUUCGCCUCGAUGAUGAAUGGCUGGACAGUGGCUUCUUUAGCAACAACAAAAAGUCAAAAUGUUCAACCCCCAAAUCACCAAGCACAUCCAAGAGUUUAAACUCUCCAUCUCGUUUAAGUGAAUCACCAGCGCUGAAGUUUCCGGAAAGCAUCGAAGUUGGCAAGCCCAUGCAAAAAGUUGACGCGAUACCAGUCCGUUAUGGAGAGCCUCCUCUUGCUCAAAGAGUAGACUUGGAAGUUCAGCAAAAGCCAUCUACUUCUGCAAGAUUCCGGUCCCGUAUCCCGAGAUUGCAAAAGCUUUACUUAAUGGGUACAUUAGAGGAUUGCUCCAGUGAGUUCCUCAAACAUCCUCGAACAAAUUACGAAGACUGCUUAAUUAGGCAGGAAAAUGGUGGGAAUUGCGCACCGUUUUCUUCUGGUCUUCCCACGCCGACAGAUAGUGGAUACCCGCCAUCCAACUGCACUGUGAUACCUGCAAUCGAAGAGCUACAUGGAGUGGAUGGCCGCGAUCUAUUUUGGGACAAGCUGGAAUACGAUGGUCUACGAAGAGCUACUUCAACGCCAGCUCUCAAACAAUCUCCACGACAUAACGUUAAAGCUUCGCGAAGAUCUAGCGCGUCGCGCCGUAAACUGGCUCGCGCUCUGGAAAUUGCUAGCCGAAUUGCGGAGCAACUUGAAGCUAAUACCGGAAAUCUACUAAGAACAGUAGAGGAGUACCGACGACGAAUUCAAGCUACAUCGGGAAAAUGAGCUAUAGUCAGCCAUCUGGAAAAGCAACCGCACAAUUAUAGCUUUACGGCAGUACGAGUAUGACUGGCGCUGGAUACACAAAUCUUCUACAUCAAUAAGUAAAGCUAACGCUGAAGCUAGUAAACAAAAAAUCAAAUAGAUGAAUAUCUAACGGACUACAUAGGAGGAUAGUGUUUCGAGAGGACAAAGUAUAUACAUAUAUAUAGAUAGAAUAUCAGACCUUGUGACCUAGUUAUAUAUAUAUAUAUAUGUCACAGGAUCUAAUAUUAGAUUCAGGUAGGAUCUCACACAAUGUUUAAUACUGUCAGCCGCAUUCCUGUUUAUUGAAGGCAACUUAGUCGAGGAGUUUUCGAUAAGGUUGUGAUCUGACGGAGCUGCAAUGUAUUUCUGAUUAUUACGCACCCAUUCUUCAAACGGUGCAUGCUUAAACCUAAUCUUAAAAUGUCGCAUGAUCGACUAAGUGCUCACGCAUACGAUAAUAUUAUACAUUGGUUGUCGGUAUUUGCCAAAUUUCGUAUACCCAAAGGCCCUCUGAUACUUGAAAAUCUUUCACCUUCAACAAUCAUAGCUAAACAUUGUGUCGUAGACGGUAGUGCUUUGACACGGAAUUGAAAAUAUCCUAAUAAAGAUUUUACACAUAACAGACUCCUCCGAACAUAAUAACAAACACUUUUUAUAGUAAGUGGUAAAAUUAGACGUAUGGCAUAGAUAUUCAGUUGUUCUCGCUCUUUCGUUACUUUUUCUUUUUUUUUUUAUUUUACAAUCAGUAGUUAUCGACCAGUCCGUAACAGCCUAAAUUAACAUGUUUAGUAUUCUAAAGCUACGGACUAUAAUGCCUUAGUCGUUAUAUGCCUAACUUGUCGUCCAAUACAGCCUAUUAAAAAUCUGAAGCAAUUUUUCAUUUCGAAAAAUGAUGAACAUAUCAAUUAUUAGUAUGUGAUAAGGGUGUGAUAUAGCGAUUUUCAAAAUAAGUUCUUCAAACUGAGCCUAUGUUCGAAAAACACUUAACUUACAGCGCCGUGUUAAUAUGACCCAUUAAUGUAAUCAACUUUAUGCUCAAUGUUGCCUAAUAUAUUUUUUGUACACAUGUUGUAGUAGGAUCAAACGAAUGAAUCACAAACAUAGUGAAUAAGUAAAUGUCAAUAAAAAUGGCAAUGUAAAGAGGAACCAUUUUAGAGUAUUCAUUGUCUCUCUCUCUCUCUCUCUCUCUCUCUCGCCCGCUACUUCGCUUCAUCAAGCUGAACAGCAUUUUUGUAAGUUUGCCCAAAUGUUUGCUUUUUGCCCUUUACUACUAUAUAUAUAUACUCAUUAACCAAUCAAAUAAGACCACCU